AUGUUGAAAGCGCCGUAUUGUAUGGAAAAAAUGGAAACUGUUAGCGAUAAGAAAGACUGUGAAUGUUUGUUCGAUGCCAUUCGUAUGAUGCGUAAUAGUAUUAGCAUUGGUCGUCAAACACUAAAAGCAUUUAGUGACAAAACCGAAAAAUUAACGUCCUUUACACCUGAAGAUUUCUGGUCAUGUGCUCCAUUACUGUUAAGAAAUUUUAUUGGUUUACUUACAUUAAAUGAUGCCGAUUUUCGAAAGUUACAACGAAACUACAAUUAUUACGAUUUAUUUUCAUCAGAUUUAUUCGAAAGAUCCUCCAAGUGGCUAAAGAUAUGCUCAAUAACAUAUGACAUUUUAAAUUGCAAAAAUGAUGCAUUUUUAUCACCGAAACAUUAUAUGUUAGCCAAUGAACUAAUGCAACAUGAACGAUCGGCCGAUCUUGUAUCAAUUUUCAAUCGUUAUGGACAUACGUGUUCAUAUCAGACUAUUAGAAAAUUGCACGAACAUGCGAUGGAUAUAUACGUUUUAUCCAAUUGUUUUGCCGUAAAAUGUGCAGACAACUUCGAUAUUAACCGUGAUACAGUUCAUGGUACUAGUAGCUUUCAUAUCAUGAAUCAGAUAAUCAUUCAAAAUCCUCAAAAUAUCAUACAAAGUAAUAUUUCGACUAUUACAACGGACGAUAAUUCGAACGAAUGUUGUAUAAUGGAUGUAAGAGAUACAAGUCAAUCGUUUUUAAAUGAUAAUAGAGUAAAAAAAUCUUUUUACUUAAUGUUUUAUUCUUCUUCUUUUUCCGUUGCAGUAUCUAUGGCACGUGCAACAACCGAAAAGAGUAAUCCUCACGUUGAAUCAAUAACUACUAUGUCGAUCCGGCAUCAUAAUACAUCUGGUAGUAACCUGUCACUGCAUCCGUCAGAGUCAAACGUAAAUACAUUAGCGAUAACAACAACAUCAAUUAUUGGUAGUAGAUUAUAUAUUCCAUUUGAAAACAAUUUUCUCGAUAUACCAUUAUUAGCGUAUGAGUUAAUAAAAUAUUAUUGUUCGUCCGUAAAUCGUGAUGUGGCAUUAUUAACUGGUUUCUUUAGCACUCAUUAUUACACUCAGUCAGGACCAGCUCAUAUUAUCUUAUUCUGUUCAUCAAUUAAUGAAGACUCUAACAGUCAAACAUGUGCUAAAAUUUGCCUGCAAAUGACAAAACGAUCUAUUCUCGAUACCAAUUUACAAACAGAAACUACUCGUUGGCGAUGA